CAAAUGAUUUCAAUGAUGGCAACAGUUAGGUCAUGGCGAGACAUUGAGGACCCAUAGAUGUCAGUCCGGGAUGUCCCAAGGUCGGUGUCAGGAAACGUAUUUGGAGGAUCCAGACUCAAGGCAACCAGUCCUUUUGAGAAGAGAGCUGGGGAUGGGCAGCCAACGGAGCGAGAAGAGAUGGCUGAAGAGGUAGUGGAAUUAGUGACCUCAACAUCUCCAGACUUCGUGCACUCCUUGAGUUGUAUUGAGGAAGAAGGGAAUGAAAGUCCUGGCUCUGGCUCCGGCCAGGGUGGUUCAGCAGUUUCUUCCCCUCAUGUUGAAACCGUGCCAGUGGAUGAGCCGUUGGACGAAAAGUUAUUUCGCCUGCAGAACCGCGUCAUUUCAAUGUUGGAGAUGCAGAAGCGAAGUCAAGAGCCGCAGAAAGCGCGCAGAAAGCCAACUCAGACCGCAGGGGUUGGAAGAAAUGGGUCAGCUGCAAUGACCGCAGGGGUCAAGCGACAGGGUCAAGAUGCCCCAGUUGUGGCUGAGAGAGAAGGUCAGCUGAAGAUCUCCAAGAGCUCCCGAGAGAUGCAAGAAAAUGUGGAAAGAUCACCAUCCGCGGAAGCUGAUUGGAGAAAUACUCCUGGAGGUGCUGUUCAACAUCGCAAGAACUUGGCCAAGCACUACAAGGAGCAAUUGGAGUUGCUUGAGCAUGAGGAGAAAGAGUUGCAGCAUCAGAUGAAUCUUCGUCAACAGCUGAGGCUUGUACUGCAUGACGAAGCGCAACAGUGUGAGCGGGCUGAGCGGGCUUGCUUGGAGCCCGAGUCAGAAUUGGCCGCUCACAAUGCGCAUGAAAAGGAGGCCACUGAACAGCUGGUUGAGGAAAACCGACAGUUGGACCUCCUCAGGCGUCAGUUGGAGGAACAGCUCCGGAUCAGUGAACAGCGACGUUUACAGCUGGAGCGUGAGAAUCAGAUGCUGCAGAAGCGGCCCAGUCGACCCGUGGAACCCAACGGUGCCACGGCCGAGCGACGUGCACCCCCUGGGCCUGGUCGCGCACCGGUGUGCCAGAAAGCGCCGGCGCCGGCGGCGUUGCGGACCAAGUCUCCUCGUCCACGGGCUUAUUCUCCACCACGACCAAGAGUGACCUCGCCGCAACGUGCCUGGCUGUCUGCUACCAAACAGGCCAAGCAAUGCGCUCCUCCUCCCCCUUCACCUGCCACCGAGGGUCGUACCUUUGAGGGUCGCGUGGCUCCUCGAACGGUCCCGAAGUUUCAACAUCCGCGUCCUGCCCGAGUGCCAGUGCAGCGUGUAAGCCCACCGCAGCCUGUCUCUGAUGGAGGACAAAUAGGUCGAGCAAAGAUGAACUCGCCAGCGCCUUCUUUGGGAUCCACACCAGAGGAUGGCAUGCCAUAUCCGGACGGAAGCCUCAGUGCAAGAUUGCCAAGCCCAACCAGAGAGAAAGCCUCUGGUGCUUUCAGCUCACCACAGCCGGUGGUGGAAGGCCAUGAUGUUCCUCCACUUCCCUUGCCGCUCUCGUAUCGCGAAGUGAAACCAUCGGAACAGAGGCCUGUGCCUAUGGCGGUUCCGUCAAACAUGGUGAUGGCUUGCGAGACACCAUCUUGGGCGGCAGUUCAGCACACUUACACAGUGGCUGGGCAGGAAGAGGCCCGAACUCUGGAGUGUCAAAAAGCUGGGCCUCCCAGACGUUUGGGUCCUGGCCGUGGUCUGGUAUGGCCAACUUUAGACCUGCCACCAAUCUCGCCUGAGCUCAUCGGCCAGGCUCCGCCAUCUUGGCAUGGGGAUUCUGACGGUCACUAUGUCAGCUCUGGAGUACAGGAAAAGGUUGUGCUUGGUCCUGACCCUUCCGAACGCCUGGCGCAGCAGCGAAUCAAUAGAUCACUGGCUCGCUCAUCUUCUGCUGCGAACUGCAGAGUCAGCCCCCACAAGGAUGGCGAGCGUCGGGCUUCACCCGGCCCUGCAAGGGGAUCUUCCCCAUCUUCGUUGAUUCGUUCAUCCUCCACACCGUUGGUCGGGCAGUCAAGGCGUCCUGUUUAUGCAGUCAAGCCUUCGACUCGUGUGGAUGCUCGGGGUCGGGAGGAUCAUUUUGCCUCGCAAAGGCAAUGACAAUUAGUUCCUUUUCCAUGCACGGCAGUGCGAAUAAUCACAGGGCUUUGCGAAUCGCGUCUGCGCAAGCAGAGCAAAGCCACAUUUCCCUCGUUUCACUCCGAUACCAGGGGUGGAAUCGGCCAAAUGCCACAGGAACAUCAGGGCAAAA